CAAGAAAUAUGAACUGAGCUGCCGGUGAACCCAGGCAUUCCAGCGGCCUGAGUCCACAUCGCUUAGAUCCCUGAUUCAGGACCCAGGUGACAGACGCCCCCAGCCGCCAACACAGCCCCACUCCUAGGCCGCGGAAGUCCAGCCAGGGGGCUUUCCCAUAUUUUUCAGAUGGCCCGUCUCCUCCCCUCAUCCCCUCUUCCCUCUCCCCUCCUCCACUCGGUCUCAGUUCCUCUGUUUCUAUGUCUCUCUCUCCGCCCCCAGCUCCUCCCUGUUCCUCCUCUCUUCUCCCCUCCUCUUCCUCCCCGGCUCCCCUCCCCCAGCCUCCCUCCCUCGCUCCCCCCCUUCUCCCUCCUCCCUCCUCCCUCUCUCUCACACACACCCCCGCUUGGGCCUCCUCUCUCUCUCCGGCUCCAUUUUCUCCGCCGCCGGGGGCCGGGGUCUCCUGUGGGGGGCCCAGCCGGUAUCCCAGGUCUCCCUUCAGUGCCGGGGUGAACCCCCGGGGGAGCCGGGAGCCGGGGGCAGACGGGCGGGGGUUGGGGCGGAGGGAGCAGCGGCCCCAGCGAGUUUGGGGGGAGAAGUAACCAGGCGGGGGGAGGGGCGGAGCAGGGAGGGGGCCUCAGGGCCCCCCCCCAGCUAUGGACGAACGGCUACUGGGGCCGCCCCCUCCAGGCGGGGGCCGGGGGGGCCUGGGAUUGGUGAGUGGGGAGCCUGGGGGCCCUGGCGAGCCUCCCGGUGGCGGAGACCCCGGUGGGGGUAGCGGGGGGGUCCCGGGAGGCCGAGGGAAGCAAGACAUCGGGGACAUUCUGCAGCAGAUAAUGACCAUCACCGACCAGAGCCUGGACGAGGCCCAGGCCAAGAAACACGCCCUAAACUGCCACCGAAUGAAGCCUGCUCUCUUUAGCGUCCUGUGUGAAAUCAAGGAGAAAACCGGCCUCAGCAUUCGGAGCUCCCAGGAGGAGGAGCCAGUGGACCCACAGCUGAUGCGCUUGGACAACAUGCUUCUGGCAGAGGGUGUGGCUGGGCCCGAGAAAGGGGGCGGCUCAGCAGCAGCAGCUGCAGCCGCUGCAGCCUCUGGUGGUGGCGUGUCCCCUGACAACUCCAUCGAACACUCGGACUAUCGCAGCAAACUUGCCCAGAUCCGUCACAUAUACCACUCGGAGCUGGAGAAGUAUGAGCAGGCAUGUAAUGAGUUCACGACCCAUGUCAUGAACCUGCUGAGGGAGCAGAGCCGCACCAGGCCCGUGGCCCCCAAAGAGAUGGAACGCAUGGUGAGCAUCAUCCAUCGAAAGUUCAGCGCCAUCCAGAUGCAGCUGAAGCAGAGCACCUGCGAGGCUGUGAUGAUCCUGCGCUCCCGUUUCCUGGAUGCCAGACGAAAGCGCCGUAACUUCAGCAAACAGGCCACUGAGGUCCUAAAUGAGUAUUUCUACUCCCACCUGAGUAACCCAUAUCCUAGUGAGGAGGCCAAGGAGGAGCUUGCCAAGAAGUGUGGCAUCACCGUGUCUCAGGUCUCCAACUGGUUUGGCAACAAGAGGAUUCGCUAUAAGAAAAACAUCGGAAAGUUCCAAGAGGAGGCAAACAUCUAUGCUGUCAAGACCGCCGUGUCAGUCACCCAGGGGGGCCACAGCCGCACCAGCUCCCCGACACCCCCUUCCUCUGCAGGCUCUGGCGGCUCUUUCAAUCUCUCAGGAUCUGGAGACAUGUUUCUGGGGAUGCCUGGGCUCAACGGAGAUUCCUAUUCUGCUUCCCAGGUGGAAUCACUCCGACACUCGAUGGGGCCAGGGGGCUAUGGGGAUAACCUCGGGGGAGGCCAGAUGUACAGCCCACGGGAAAUGAGGGCAAAUGGCAGCUGGCAAGAGGCUGUGACCCCCUCUUCAGUGACAUCCCCAACGGAGGGACCAGGGAGUGUUCACUCUGAUACCUCCAACUGAUCUUGCCCCUCAGGGUCACAGGGGUGGGGGCUCUCACAAGGCGACUUGAAGAGGACGCAGGCUUCCAGAGGACAAACCCCAAUACAGGAGAAGCACAAGACAGAGAAGGGCCAAUGGGGUCAUCCCCUCCCUAACGAGACUCUCUCUGUGCUGGGGGUGCUAAUUACAUGGCAGGAAGAAUGGGGCCUCUAAGGGGAGUGUGGGGUCUGUCUCUCCCUUUUUUCCAUCUUUUUCCUCUCUCGCUUUCUUUCUUACACAGAAACAUACACAUACCCAGAAACCUAUUUCUCAGACCCCUUUUUCUCCUGUCUUUCUCUCUCCCUCUCCCACACCUCACACACACAUACUCCCACUUGCAACUAUUCUGUUUCUCUCCUGGGCUCCCCCACUUUCCCUUCCCCACCCCACUUGUAUGCUCUGGAAUCUGUGGAGACGCCAGCCCUGCCCAAUCAGAGAUGCCAAAAAUGGGGACAUGACUUCUGGACAGAGGACAUGGGCCACGCCCCCAUGCAUCCCCACCCCCGCCCCUCCAGACGGCUUACUUACCUCAUACGCAGCUCAUCUUAAACCAAUAGAAUCGCUCGGUGGACGAGAGUGUCUGACUCAGAUAUCUACCUCGGAGGGAGUUUCUGCUACUUUAGGGAAUUAUUCACUGGGCUUUGGGGUUGAACUUUUUUUUUUUUUUAAAGAAAGAAAAAGAAACCCUGGGAUCCAUCUGUUUUUUGUUGUUGUUGUUGUUUUUGUUGUUGUUGUUGGUGGUGGUGGUGGUUCUUAAUUUUUAAUUUAGUUUGGGGAAGCAGCUUGUUUGUUUUUUUUUAUAAAUAUGUUGAUUUCUUGUCUUUUUUUUUAUUUCUUACUUUCCCAUAUUAGGGGUGAUAGCCAAAGGGGUUCUGGUAAGAGAAAGGGGGACAAACAGAACUGGUAAAGAGGCCCCCCUGGCUCCAGGCCUGUCCAUCAGGAAGUAAAUUUUACAGGGCACCAAGCUUUGCCCCCUAAAAUCCCUUAGGUGUUCUUUGUUCAUGCAGGCAGGUUUCUGCCGCAUUUGAUGUGGAGGCAGUGAAGGGCUUGCCCUGCUGGCCUCUCAUCCCCCUUCUUCCCACAACCCUUGGGCAGGGCUGGACUCAGUAAUUUUGAGGAAAUUGAAGAUGCCAUCUUCCCCUGUGAGUGACAUGUCUUUAAUUUUUAAAAAAACUACUAUUUGAAAAUUGGAGGGGGAAGAAUGGGAAGGGAGUUAUUGCCAAAUAUGUUAAAUAUGGGUUGGGGUGCUUGUAUAUGUAUCUUCCUCAAUUUCCCCAUAAAUGAGGUAUCUUUUUGUCACACCAAAAUCAAGGGGUAGGGAGAGGGAGGAGGUUGCAAAAAGCCAGAUGUGGGGGAAAAGUAACAUCAACACUGUCCCAUCCUCAGCCCUGAACCCUACCAUCUGAUCCCCUCAGACAUUCUCAGGAUUUUACAAGACUGUCAGAGUGGGGAACCCCUCCCAUUAAAGAUCCGGGCAGGACUGGGGACAGGUUGGAAGUGUGAUGGGUCGGGGGGUGGGAGGCAUGGGCCAGGGGCAGUUCUCUCCUCACUUGUAAACUUGUGUAGUUUCACAGAAAAAAAACAAAAUGCAGUUUUAAAUAAAGAAAUUUCUUUUUUC